GGAAGGAAUCCAACCUAAUCUUACAACAUAUCCAUAUGCACUUCAACCUCGUUCACUCAUUCACUUUAUUCUCCCUUUCCUUCAUCUUCUAAGUUCUAAGCCAUGCCCAUAAAACCCCACAAACUGUUUUGUCUAUCUUUCAUCUUUUCUAGAUCAAAAACAACAAAAAAUGGCAAUAAACGCUCAAUAUAAUGUGAGUCAAUACAUCGUACCAUUCGUCUGUUUGUUGAUCAUAGCCAUGGAUCUCACCGCAGGGAUUCUCGGCAUUCAAGCUGAGAUAGCCCAAAACAAGGUGCAAAAUCUAAGAGCAUGGAUCUUCGAAUGUCGAGAUCCAAGUUAUCAAGCAUUCAAACUAGGGUUUGCAGCCGCAGUUCUUUUGGCGUUUGCUCAUGCCAUUGCAAACUUAUUUGGUGGAUGCCACAUCGUAUUGUCCAAACCAGAGCUAGACCGAGCCACCUCCAACAAACAAUUCGCCAUGGCUUCACUCAUCCUAUCAUGGAUUACAUUAAUCAUUGGAUUCGGGAUGCUAAUUGCUGGAGUCAUGGCUAACUCAAGUUCAAGAAAAUCAUGUGGAGUUUCAAACCAUCGUUAUUUAUCCAUUGGAGGCAUUGCGUGUAUCAUUCAUGGAUUGUUUGCUGUUUCUUAUUACAUUUCUGCCACUGCUGUUGAAAAAGAAGAAAAGAAGUUGAACCCACAUGGACCCACCAUGAUGAACCACCCCCCUGGACCAAUGUUGAUCCCACCUGGACCGGUGCAUGCACCCUCAGCACCUGUCUGAAUCUUGGAUAUUUUUUAGUGUUACAUGUAAGAAGUAGCAAUGUAAUUCUAUUUAUUUGUGUUUUAUUGCAUCUUACUUUUCGAUUUUUCUGUUACACAAUUGUAGUUUCAAACUUUUUCUUCUUAAGACUUUGAAGAAUCUAUAGGAUCACAACAUUUUAAGAAACAUAGACAUUUACGGGCAUCACAAUCACACUAUAUUAUAUACAGAAAAUUAUCAAG